UUUAAUAAUUAUUUACAAUAGUUAACAAUAUUCCCUCAAGGCAGCUUAUUGAUUCCUGUCCAUCGUAUUUCUUGUUCAUACAAAUCUCAGUAUGUAGAUGUAUAUCUAGAAUUCUGGAAUGAUUAGACAAUUUAUAACCGUCUUUGUGCUUAGUGUGCCUCUUGUUGUGUCAAACCGAAUCAAAAUAGGUGUAAUUAUUGAUGAGGCUGCAAUAUGCGGAGUCCUUCCGCCUUCAGUAGUGAUAGAUUGUUCACGUAAUUGCACAGCAAACAUUUUAUGGCAACCAAUGAAAGACUGGACAUCGUUCAAUAUUGUAAGAACAGGAUCCAGUCUUUACAACGAAGGAGCCGUAGCAGUAUAUAUGAUAGGAAAUCUUUCAAAUACGUAUAAACCCCCUGAUUGGAUCCAACCUUUGUCUGGAAUUGGUCAAAUUAUCAGUACAGAAAGUCAAAACCAUUCUGACUAUUGUUCUAGCAGAUUUGAUUUUCCAGAUUUAACUAAAUCUUUCUCCAACCUGGAAAGUAGGAGAUUAAAUAGUUAUGACACUAGCUACUCAAAAAUGUUGAUGGAAAUAUUAAAGGAACUUAAAUGGACCAACGCUGUUCUUGUCUAUGAAGAUGAUUCAGAAUUUGAAGUUAGUGGUUUAACAGAGCAGUUACAGCUAGAUGGUGUCUUCCUCAGCAUGUACAAAAUUGAUAAUGGUUCUAGCAACGAAGAUAUUUACGACCUUCUGUUUCAUGUGUAUAAUAUUUCUGCCUCAGAACUUUUUAUCAUAGUGGUAGGCGGAGGGAAAAUGCUGAAACGACUUAUGUUGGAGGCAAACACAUUUGACGAUAAGCGUUUCAGAGAAACAGCUAUGCACUACAAUUCACGUUGGCUUUUGUUUCAUAUUGACCAUCAACCUCUUAAUGAUGUAUCUUUGUUAUCAAAUUUAAACAACGUUGCCAUGGUUAAUAUUCCACACAACUCAAUGGCGCUAGAUAUUCCUGAAAAUUUGACUUUUCAAUAUAUUUUGGAAAAUAUAUUCACAAAUGAAAUACUGACGGAAGAAGAUAUGAAGACAUGUUGUUUUAAUGAAACAUCAAUUAUCCAGUUGCAUAAUAAAAUGAGAGAAGUUAUACUUCAGACAAAGAAAACAUCCGCAAAGAACAUGAAAUUUCCUAUAAUGACGUUAAUGUUCCAUAAGAGUGGACGUCAGUGGAAUACGAUUGGACACCUGCACCUGUCGGGGGACACUAAACUACAAUCGGAAGUCUUCCCAAAUAUCAAUUAUGGAUUUAAUGGCAAAUUAUUCAUCGUAUCAACACUUGAGUACAGGCCAUUUGAAUAUCUAGAUAAUGGAACCUGGAAUGGGUUGUGUAUAGAUCUUCUUAUAGAAAUGAGCAGGAACCUUAAUUUUACGUAUAAAUUAGUGAAAGGUUACGAUGGAGAAUGGGGAAGAAUAUUAAAUGGUUCAUGGACUGGACUUGUUGGAGAGCUUCAGAGAAGGGACACUGACCUGACCUUUGCACCUCUCUCAGUUAUGGCAAGUAGAGAAAGGGUUAUGGAUUUUACCCUAGGAUUUUUCUUCGAUCAAACUAUUAUAAUGCUUAAAAAGCCAGAUGAGACAAAAUGGCUUCGUUUAAUUGAACCUCUUCGCUGGGAAGUGAUAAUAUUGACAGGCUCUCUGAUUCCAAUUAUUUCGGUUGUGUUAUUCUUUGCAGAAAAAUUUAAUCCAUUUUAUACUCAGAAUACGAAGAUGGAAGCAUUGUACAAUUUCAAUUGGUAUUUAUACGGCUGCGUUUUCUUGCAAGGUGGAACAAAUCUACCGAGAUCACAAACAGGAAGAACAAUUAUUUGUUGUUGGUGGUUAUUUUGUAUAAUUUUAUCAGCAACUUACUGUGGUAACCUAAUUGCAUAUUUAACUGUUACAAAGGAGGAAUUACCAUUCGACACACUACGCGAAUUGGCUAAACAGGACGAAUACGAAUGGGGAGUACUUGGUGGUACAUAUUGGGUCACAUGGUUCGAACAGGCAACUGUUCCAUAUCUGCAGGCAGUUUGGAAUGGCAUAAUAGCUACAAAUCAAACGGACCCUAGGGUUUUAAGUACCAUUCCCAAGGUCCAUAUGCAAAAAAUCAGGGAAGACAACUAUGCCUAUAUAGCAGAAAAAUCAUUUUUCGAAAUAGAGGCUACUUUCGAUUGUGAUUUACAAAUAGCUAAAGAAGAAUUUCUACCUCUGCAGUACGCUAUUGGUCUGCCAAACAAUUCUCCAUAUACCAACAUAUUUUCAAUCGGUACGUUAAAUAUUCUUGAGUCAGGGUUGAUACAAAUAUGGAAGCAAAAACAUUGGCCGAAACGGAAUUUCUGUUCGGGCUCAAUGUUGACAGAAGCAAAGCCUAUCAAAUGGACGGAUAUUCAAAUUGCGUUUGGUUUUCUAUGUUGUGGAAUAGUUUUGAGUGUUAUAUUUUUAAUUAUUGAGUAUAUGAAAAAAUGGACGGAGAGGUCAAAAUUGACAGGUGGUAAUGAAACUAGUAUGCAAAAUGCAAGCGCUUUAUCAAUCAACAUGAUUCAAGUAAACCAAUAUAGUUGACUAGUAUAUCCGGUUUCUUGCUUGGUGAUCUGACUGAUCUAAUUUCUCCUCUUUUGUUUUGAUAUUGAAAGAGAGCAUUUAUUUUUGGGACUAUGAAGCAUAACAUUUGUGUAUAGUACUUUCAUGCAUUACGUUUACUGGUUCUUUUAUGCAUAACAUUUGUGUAUGGUUCUUUAAAGCAUAACAAUUAUGUAUGCGAUUAUGCGGCAAAACAUUUGUGUAUGGUACUAUGAAGCAUAAUAUUUGUGUAAAGUACUUUCAUGCAUUACGUUUUUGUAUUGCUGGUUCUUUGAAAGCAUAACAUUUGUGUAUGGUUCUUUAAAGCAUAACAAUUGUGUAUGAUACUUUGAAGUAUAACAUUUAUGUAUGCGAUUAUGAGAAAAAACAUUUGUGUAUGGUACUUUGAAGCAUAACAUUUGUAUAUGAUACUUCAUGUACUUUGAAGCAUAACAUUUAUGUAUGGUACUUUGAGCCAUAACAUUUGUGUGUGGUACUUUGAGCCAUACCAUUUGUGUAUGGUACUGUGAGCCAUAACAUUUGUGUAUGGUAAUUUUAGCCAUAACAUUUGUGUGUGGUACUUUGAGCCAUAACAUUUGUGUAUGGUACUUUGAGUCAUAACAUUUGUGUAUGGUACUUUGAAGCAUAACAUUUGUGUAUGGUACUUUAAAGCAUAACAUUUGUGCAUGGUACUUUGAAUCAUAACAGUUGUGUAUGGGACUUUGAGCCAUAACAUUUGUGUCGUACUUUGAGCCAUAACAUUUGUGUGUGGUACUGUGAAGCAUAACAUUUGUGUAUGGUACUUUGAAGCAUAACAUUUGUGUAUGGUACUUUGAAGCAUAACAUGUGUGUAUGAAAUUUGAAAAAUAACAUUGUAUGAAACUUUGAAGCAAUUAUCAUGUAUGUGUGUUACUAUGGACCUUACAUUUAUGUAUUUGACUAUGAAGCAUAACAUUUUUGACUGAAUAUUACGCUUUGUGACUAAGUAGCAUACCAUAUAAAAAGAAGAUGUGGUAUGAUUGUUAAUGAAACCCAAAUGACACAGAUAUAAACAACUAUGGGUCACCGUACGGCCUUCAACAACGCGCAACGUCCAUAUCGCAUAUUUAGCUACAAAAGGCCCCGAAAUCACAAAUGUAACUCAAUUCAAAAGAGAAAACUAUAUAAAAAUUAUAUAUUUAGCGGCCUAAUUAAUGUACAAAAAUAAAUAAAAAACAAAUAUGUUACACAACAACAAACGACAACCUCUGAACUACAGACAUGUGUGGGUGGGAAUAUGACGCAUACUAUUGGUGAAUGUGACCAUUACUCAUAAUACUAGUAUUUUAAUGUGGAUGUGAAGAAUACUAUUAUUGUUUGAAUUUAUGAAACAUAAUAUUUAUAUUUGAAUAUGAAACAUGCUAUUAGUGUAUGAAAUUUUAAAGCAUAACAUUUAUGUUUGCAACUACGACGCAUAGCAUUUGUAAAUGUGAUAAUGAACCAUUCCAAUUUGUU